AUGGCGACCCAAAUUCACUCAGUGCUCUCUCCUCUGAACCUUGGAUAUUUGAGCAUCGUACUAUUUCUGGUCUACCGCAUUUACUUUGAACUCACAACUGGUGCUCGCCGCCGGCGCAUGAUUGACGAGAAUGGCUGCAAAGCACCGUACAAGUAUCCGCACAAGGGAAUUAUGGGAAAGAUAAUGGGCUGGGAUGUACUGAAGCAGAUCAUGAAAUCCGGGGCGGAAGGCAAUAUGCAUGAGACCAACCGCAAGAGGAACUUCAAGAACGGCAUAUUCACCCUUCAGACUCGGCGGCUCUUUGAGAAUAGCAUUAUUACCAUCGAGCCAGAGAACGUCAAGACAGUCCUCGCAACCAAGUUCUCUGAUUAUUCCCUUGGUAAGGCUCGUCUCGACGUAUUUCAGCCGCUCUUUGGACAUGGCAUCUUCGACACAGAUGGUGCGGCAUGGGAACGAUCCCGGUCAUUAAUUCGACCGAACUUCGUUCGUGCCCAAGUCGCCGAUCUUGACAUGUUUGAGUCACACGUACAAGCACUCAUUGCCAACGUUCCCCGAGAUGGCAGCGCAGUCGACCUCCAAGACCUCUUCUUUGGCCUUACAAUGGAUUCCGCCACCGAGUUCCUCUUUGGGAAGUCUGCGAAUACCCUCUCACCGAAACUGGUCACACCAGCUGCAGCCGACUUCGUGAAAUCUUUCAUCUACUGUACAGAGCGAAUCUCGUACGAGCUACGUACCUUCGGUCUCGCCAGUUGGCUACCCAACCCCGAAUACAAGCGGAACGUCAAGAUCAUCCACGAUUAUGCCAACGGCGUUGUCCAAGAAGCACUUCACAAGAUGGAGAACACUAAGUUCACCGAAGACCUCGCGAGCGGCAAAGCCAAGUACACCUUCUUGUACGAACUCUGUUCACGGACUCGCGACCCCUAUACACUUCGAUCAGAGCUGCUGAACGUUCUGUUAGCGGGCCGAGACACCACUGCUGGUCUUCUCAGCAACACCUGGCAAGUCAUGAGCAAGCGCCCAGAUAUCUACAAUAAGCUCAAGGCCGAGGUGGACGCCCUCAACGGCGAGCGCCCUGAUUAUCAGACCAUCAAGGACAUGAAGUACCUUAAGUUUGUCCUGAACGAAUCGCUCCGACUCAUGCCCGUUGUCCCUGGCAACUCGCGCACGGCCAUUCGCGACACAGUUCUGCCCCUGGGUGGUGGCCCUGACCAGAAGUCACCUAUGCUCGUCAAGAAGGGUCAGGUUGUUGUCUAUCACCCCUGGAGCAUGCACCGUCGUGAAGACUUCUACGGUAAAGAUGCGCUCGAAUUCAAGCCUGAGCGAUGGGAGACACUACGGCCGGGCUGGGAAUACUUGCCUUUCAAUGGUGGACCCAGAAUCUGCGUUGGUCAGCAGUAUGCGCUGUUGGAAGCAGGCUAUACUACGGUGCGUUUGAUGCAGCAGUUUCCACGAAUGGAGAGUAGGGACUCGAGAGAAUGGCGAGAGUGGUUGACGAUUACGCUGAGCUCGGGUGUCGGUUGCAAGGUUGCGCUGUUCGAGAAGUGA